UAGUUUUAUUUUUUAUUUUUUAUUUUUUUUUCAUUAUUUUGAAAUGAAUUUAUUGUUUCCACCUCCACAUCUACUUUUAACAUCUAUUUUUAUUGCUGCAUUACAAAAAAAAAAUUUAUCAUUGCAAAUAAGUAAUUAAAAAUAACAAAUUUCUGAAUAAAAUAUGAACUUACCUAUAUUGUGUCAUUUGAAAUCUGGUUUAAAGUUGCAAACAUCAUUUUGUUUAAAAAGAGGAUGUGCUACCAAGUCUUUUAAAAUAUAUACACGCACUGGAGAUAAAGGUACAUCUUCAUUAUUUGGAGGGGAAAGAAGAACAAAAGAUGACCAAGUAUUUGAAGCAAUGGGUUGCACUGAUGAGCUCACAUCAUCUAUUGGAAUAGCAAAAGAGUUUUGUCUUGAAUUUGGUCAUUUGGAAGUUGUGCAGAAAUUAGAAGAGAUACAGUGUAGACUUCAAGAUAUCAAUUCUAACAUUGCAACACCUGCUCAAGUAUCCAUUAAUGGAGAUGUGUUGAGUUUUGAUGCAACAAAUAUUGACCAACUUGAGUCCUGGAUUGAUGAAUAUGACAAGCAUUUACCACCGCUAAAGAACUUUAUUCUUCCUUCUGGAGGCAAAAGCAGUGUUUCACUUCAUUUGGCAAGAACUAUUUGUCGUAGAGCUGAAAGACGACUUGUUCCUCUUCUUCAUAAAAAUAUGAUAGAUGAAAGUGUCUACAAAUAUAUGAACAGACUGAGUGACUUUUUGUUCAUCGCAGCACGAUUUGCUGCUCACAAAGAUGGAAAAAAUGAGCUCGUUUAUAAAAGAAGAACAAAAAUUAUUGAAAAAAGGUAGUUGAAGGUAGUAAAGAUAUGUUGGUCAUAAAUUUAAAAAUUUUAAAAUUGAACGGUGUUACAUAUUGUAACAAUUUCAAAAUUGUAUUUUUUAUGUUUUUUAAAUGUAAUAAAAAAAUACGGAAACAAAAA